CAAGAGAGAGUAAAAGAUGUGCAAAGGAGUUGAGAAAAAAGAAGAGAGAAGAAGCGACGAUGGAGGAUGCCAAAGACUAUGCACGGAGGGUCCUAGAGCUCCGGUGAGCUGUGAGCUUUGCGGCGAGAACGCCACCGUGUAUUGUGAGGCAGACGCGGCUUUCCUUUGUAGGAAAUGUGAUCGAUGGGUCCAUUCUGCUAAUUUUCUUGCUCGGAGACAUCUCCGGCGCGUGAUCUGCACGACCUGUCAGAAGUUAACUCGUCAAUGUCUUGUCGGUGAUAAUUUUAAUGUCGUUUUACCGGAGAUAAGGACGAUGGCAAGGGUUGAAGAAGAUGGUAGUGAAUACAAAGUCCCCUUUGUGUUUCUCUGAUUUUUUGUUUUGUUUUGUUCUCGUAAUUAAGAUUAAAUCUUGGU